UUUCCCGCGAAAGUCGGCUUCCUCUAGGAGGGUGGAGGUUGGUGUGGCGCGGCUCUGUGAGGUACAGUCAUGUCGGGCUUUGACGAUCCGGGCAUUUUCUACAGCGACAGCUUCGGUGGCGACCCCGGGGCGGAAGAGGGCCAGGCUCGCAAGUCGCACCUACAGAAGCGCUUCAAGGAGUUCCUACGACAGUACCGAGUGGGCACCGAUCGCACGGGCUUCACCUUCAAGUACAGGGAUGAACUCAAGCGGCAUUACAACCUGGGUGAAUACUGGAUCGAGGUGGAAAUGGAAGACCUGGCCAGUUUUGACGAGGAACUGGCUGAUUACUUGUAUAAACAGCCAGCCGAGCACCUGCAGCUGCUUGAGGAGGCUGCCAAGGAGGUAGCUGAUGAGGUGACCCGGCCCCGGCCUGCUGGAGAUGAGCUGCUCCAGGACAUUCAGGUCAUGCUCAAGUCAGAUGCCAGCCCGUCUAGCAUUCGGAUUCUGAAGUCAGACAUGAUGUCACACCUGGUGAAGAUCCCUGGCAUCAUCAUCUCGGCCUCUGCAGUCCGUGCCAAGGCUACCCGUAUCUCCAUUCAGUGCCGCAGCUGCCACAACACCCUCACCAACAUCGCCAUGCGCCCAGGCCUAGAGGGCUAUGCCCUUCCCAGGAAGUGUAAUAUGGAUCAGGCUGGGCGCCCAAAGUGCCCACUGGACCCAUAUUUCAUCAUGCCUGACAAGUGCAAGUGUGUGGACUUCCAGACCCUGAAACUGCAGGAACUGCCUGAUGCAGUCCCUCAUGGUGAGAUGCCCAGGCACAUGCAGCUGUAUUGUGACAGGUACCUGUGUGACAAGGUUGUUCCUGGGAACAGGGUCACCAUCAUGGGCAUUUAUUCCAUCAAGAAGUUUGGCAUGAACCCCAGCAAGGGCCGGGACAGAGUGGGUGUGGGCAUUCGGAGCUCCUAUAUCCGGGUGCUGGGCAUCCAGGUAGACACAGAUGGUUCUGGCCGCAGCUUUGCUGGGUCUGUCAGCCCACAGGAAGAGGAGGAAUUUCGUCGCCUGGCUGCCCUCCCCAACAUAUAUGAGCUUGUCUCCAAGAGCAUUUCUCCCUCCAUCUUUGGGGGCAUGGAUAUGAAGAAGGCCAUUGCCUGCCUGCUCUUUGGUGGUUCCCGAAAGAGGCUCCCAGACGGACUCACUCGCCGAGGUGAUAUCAACCUGCUGAUGUUGGGGGACCCUGGCACAGCCAAGUCACAGCUUCUGAAGUUUGUGGAGAAGUGCUCUCCUAUUGGGGUGUACACAUCUGGGAAAGGCAGCAGUGCUGCUGGCUUGACUGCCUCUGUGAUACGGGACCCCUCAUCGCGAAACUUCAUCAUGGAAGGUGGAGCCAUGGUUCUGGCUGAUGGUGGGGUUGUCUGUAUUGACGAGUUCGACAAGAUGCGGGAAGAUGACCGUGUAGCAAUCCACGAGGCUAUGGAGCAGCAGACCAUCUCCAUUGCCAAGGCUGGGAUCACUACCACCUUGAACUCUCGCUGCUCUGUUCUGGCUGCAGCCAAUUCAGUAUUUGGCCGAUGGGAUGAGACAAAAGGGGAGGACAAUAUUGACUUCAUGCCUACCAUCUUGUCCCGAUUUGACAUGAUCUUUAUCGUCAAAGAUGAGCACAACGAGGAGAGGGACAUGAUGCUGGCCAAACAUGUGAUCACUCUGCAUGUGAGUGCACUGACACAGACACAGGCUGUGGAGGGUGAGAUCGACCUUGCCAAGAUGAAGAAGUUCAUUGCUUACUGCCGAGCGAGGUGUGGACCUCGGCUAUCAGCAGAGGCAGCAGAGAAGCUGAAGAACCGCUACAUCAUCAUGCGGAGUGGGGCUCGUCAGCACGAGAGGGACAGCGACCGUCGUUCCAGCAUCCCCAUCACAGUGCGGCAGCUGGAGGCCAUCGUGCGCAUCGCCGAGGCCCUCAGCAAGAUGAAACUGCAGCCCUUUGCCACGGAGGCCGACGUCGAGGAGGCGCUGAGGCUCUUCCAGGUGUCCACGCUGGACGCCGCUUUGUCUGGCAAUCUGUCGGGGGUGGAAGGCUUCACUACCCAGGAGGACCAGGAGAUGCUGAGUCGCAUUGAGAAGCAACUCAAGCGCCGUUUUGCUAUCGGCUCCCAGGUGUCUGAACACAGCAUUGUCCAGGAUUUCACCAAACAGAAGUAUCCGGAGCAUGCCAUCCGGAAGGUGCUGCAGCUCAUGCUGCGCAGGGGGGAGAUCCAGCACCGCAUGCAGCGCAAGGUGCUCUACCGCCUCAAGUGAGCUCCGCCCAUCAACUGCCCAUCAACCUCAGACCUGGGAAGCUGCCCCACCCACCUCUACUCAGUGUCCUCGCUACCACAAGCCUCCUUCUGCCCUCCCCCCUGCCUCAGACUGCUGUAUGCCGCACAGCUGCAGCUCCUGGAAAUGUUCUCUGGUUGUUGGCCUCAUGUACUGUGUUUGGGUGUCUGAGGGCUCUCUCUGGUCUGGGUGCCUAGUCCCUGUCUGCCUCCAUGACAGGAUGAGUCUGGAGCAGGAACAGGCUCUGGAGGUAGACCGGUCUGUAUGUUGGCUCCCGGGCCACUGACUGUCAAGCUUCUUCGUUUGUACAGAGGAAAUAAAGUGCGUGAGUCCCUGGUUGCUAAGGACAGCGGAGCCAAUACCACAGUAGUGCUGUGCGAAGUCUAAGGUUGACUCACGCAGCCCCCCAGCAGCACCUAUAUGAGAACUGGAUCAUUAAUCUCGCUAUCUGUGCCUCAGUUUCCUAAUCUGCAAACAAAUUUGAUGAAUAUGAGCUCAGUGAGUGAUUGGCUGUCAAGCAGGCCGCAAUGGAGAAAGUCUCCAGGACUUUCUUUACAGCAAGCGGGCCUCAGUGCUGUGUAUCACUGGGGGAGGGACCAGACCUCAGGGUUAUCAGUGAAGGAGCUGUAGGCCCUUCCCCGGCGUCAGCACGGCAGGAGGUACUAGUGACAACACUGUUGAAGGUACCCCAGCACUUUGUAUUGCCAAAUGCCAAAAACCAUGCUUCUAGGAUUUACAAGAUGAGGGAAAGGUCAGUGAAAUAAAGUGUUCGUUAUUUAAAGUACA